AUGCCCAAUUUAUUACCUAAUUCAUAUGUUUUAGAAAUAGAGAUAGAUUCCAGAAAUUAUAGUUACUUUCCUGAACAAACCACUUCCAUUACUGUUCUAUGCUACAUAAUAAAUUAUAAUAAAAAAACUUAUAACACUAAAAACCUUUCUAUUAUCGAAGCUUCAGGUAUUGUGAGAUCCCGAAGUCUAAAUUCUUCUCUGAAUGUUACCUUGGUUGGGUUUUAUCCCCAUGAUUUGGAUCAAGAGUUAAGCCUAUCUGAAUUUGAAAAUGAAGAUGUAGUACUUGCCACUGGAAAUUUUCGCAUUAUUGAAGACAUUAAUAAAAAUGGCAAAAAAUAUCCUGUCUUAAAA